CCACCCAGUCCUCGCCCCCCGUGGCCCCCCCAGGCCGGCCUGGCUAGGGGAGGGGGCGGGGGCCCUUGCCUGGGCCGGCUUCCCCCUCCCCCGGCUCUGCCUGUGCCCCCUCCCUUUCGUUUUCACCUUCCUCCCUCCUUCCCCUCCAUUUGCUCCUUCCCCCUCUCCUCUCUCCCCUUCCCUCCUCCAUUUUCUCCUUUCCCCUUCCUCCCCUCCCCGGCCCGCCCUCUCCUCUUCCACCUGUCCUUCCUCCCUGCGCCCCGGGAGCACCCCCAUUUUGGGUUAGUUGGGGGCCACUGCCGGAGGUGGGGGAGGGGGCCCUCUGGACUGCCCUCUCCCCCCGCCCCAGCCACACCGCCCAGCGUCAGAGCAUCUCCUCCUUGUCGUUCCUCGGGCCUCGAGGGAGCCCAGCCCUCCGUCCCACCAGGAUCCGUGGCGAGUGGGGGCCGCGGCAGCUGCGUCCCCAUGAGGAAGGAGGAAGAUGCCGGCUGAGCUGCUGCUGCUGCUGAUUGUCGCCUUUGCCAGCCCCAGCUGCCAGGUGCUCUCAUCACUGCGCAUGGCUGCCAUCCUGGACGACCAGACAGUGUGUGGCCGCGGUGAACGUCUGGCCCUGGCCCUGGCCCGGGAGCAGAUCAACGGGAUCAUCGAGGUCCCAGCCAAGGCCCGCGUGGAAGUAGACAUCUUUGAGCUGCAGCGGGACAGCCAGUACGAGACCACGGACACCAUGUGUCAGAUCCUGCCCAAGGGGGUCGUGUCUGUCCUGGGGCCCUCCUCCAGCCCUGCGUCGGCCUCCACCGUGAGCCAUAUCUGUGGGGAGAAGGAGAUCCCCCACGUCAAGGUGGGUCCCGAGGAGAUGCCCCGCCUUCAGUACCUUCGCUUCGCGUCUGUCAGCCUGUACCCCAGUAACGAGGACGUCAGCCUGGCGGUCUCCCGGAUCCUCAAGUCCUUCAACUACCCUUCGGCCAGCCUCAUCUGCGCCAAGGCCGAGUGCCUGCUGCGAUUGGAGGAACUGGUGCGCGGCUUCCUCAUCUCCAAGGAGACGCUGUCAGUGAGAAUGCUGGACGACAGCCGGGACCCCACGCCGCUGCUCAAGGAGAUCCGAGAUGACAAAGUGUCCACCAUCAUCAUCGACGCCAACGCAUCCAUUUCCCACCUCAUUCUCCGUAAGGCCUCGGAGCUGGGAAUGACCUCAGCGUUUUACAAGUACAUCCUCACCACCAUGGACUUCCCCAUCCUGCACCUGGACGGGAUCGUGGAGGACUCCUCCAACAUCCUGGGCUUCUCCAUGUUCAACACCUCUCACCCCUUCUAUCCUGAGUUUGUGCGCAGCCUCAACAUGUCCUGGAGGGAGAACUGUGAAGCCAGCACCUACCCCGGCCCCGCGCUGUCAGCUGCCCUGAUGUUCGACGCCGUGCACGUGGUGGUGAGUGCCGUCCGGGAGCUGAACCGCAGCCAGGAGAUCGGUGUGAAGCCGCUGGCCUGUACGUCGGCCAACAUUUGGCCCCAUGGGACCAGCCUCAUGAACUACCUGCGCAUGGUAGAGUAUGACGGGCUGACUGGGCGUGUCGAGUUCAACAGCAAAGGUCAGAGGACCAACUACACCCUGCGCAUCCUGGAGAAGUCUCGGCAGGGCCACCGUGAGAUCGGGGUGUGGUACUCCAACCGGACCCUGGCGAUGAACGCCACCACCCUGGACAUCAACCUGUCGCAGACACUGGCCAAUAAGACGCUGGUGGUUACGACCAUCCUGGAGAACCCGUACGUCAUGCGCCGGCCCAACUUCCAGGCCCUGUCGGGGAACGAACGCUUUGAGGGCUUCUGCGUGGACAUGCUGCGGGAGCUGGCCGAGCUGCUGCGCUUCCGCUACCGCCUGCGGUUGGUGGAGGACGGGCUAUACGGGGCGCCCGAGCCCAACGGCUCCUGGACGGGCAUGGUCGGCGAGCUCAUCAACCGGCAGAAGGCAGACCUGGCUGUGGCUGCGUUCACCAUCACAGCUGAGCGGGAGAAGGUCAUCGACUUUUCCAAACCCUUCAUGACCCUGGGAAUCAGCAUCCUCUACCGUGUGCACAUGGGCCGCAAGCCUGGCUACUUUUCCUUCCUGGACCCCUUCUCCCCUGCUGUGUGGCUCUUCAUGCUUCUGGCCUACCUGGCUGUCAGCUGCGUCCUGUUCCUGGCCGCCAGGCUGAGCCCCUACGAGUGGUAUAACCCGCACCCGUGCCUGCGGGCACGUCCCCACAUCCUGGAGAAUCAGUACACGCUGGGCAACAGCCUCUGGUUCCCCGUGGGGGGCUUCAUGCAGCAGGGCUCGGAGAUCAUGCCCCGGGCGCUGUCCACACGCUGCGUCAGCGGAGUCUGGUGGGCCUUCACCUUGAUCAUCAUCUCCUCCUACACGGCCAACCUGGCUGCCUUCCUCACCGUGCAGCGCAUGGAGGUGCCUGUGGAGUCGGCCGACGACCUGGCGGACCAGACCAACAUUGAGUAUGGUACCAUCCACGCUGGCUCCACCAUGACCUUCUUUCAGAAUUCACGGUACCAGACGUACCAGCGUAUGUGGAACUACAUGCAGUCGAAGCAGCCCAGUGUGUUUGUCAAGAGCACAGAGGAGGGCAUCGCCCGCGUCCUCAACUCCCGCUAUGCCUUCCUGCUCGAGUCCACCAUGAAUGAGUACCACCGGCGUCUCAACUGCAACCUCACCCAGAUCGGGGGUCUCCUCGACACCAAGGGCUACGGCAUCGGCAUGCCGCUGGGCUCCCCGUUCCGGGAUGAGAUCACACUGGCCAUUCUGCAGCUUCAGGAGAACAACCGGCUGGAGAUCCUGAAGCGCAAGUGGUGGGAGGGGAGCCGGUGCCCCAAGGAAGAGGACCAUCGAGCUAAAGGCUUGGGCAUGGAGAACAUCGGCGGCAUUUUUGUCGUGCUCAUCUGUGGCCUCAUCAUUGCUGUCUUCGUGGCAGUCAUGGAAUUCAUAUGGUCCACGCGGAGAUCGGCAGAGUCAGAAGAGGUGUCGGUGUGCCAGGAGAUGCUGCAGGAGCUGCGGCACGCGGUGUCCUGCCGCAAGACGUCGCGUUCUCGCCGGCGCCGGCGCCCGGGAGGCCCAAGCCGGGCCCUGCUGUCGCUACGCGCCGUCCGCGAGAUGCGCCUCAGCAACGGCAAGCUCUACUCCGCCGGCGCGGGCGGGGAUGCUGGCAGCGCGCACGGGGGCCCCCAGCGCCUCCUGGACGAUCCGGGACCGCCCGGCGGGGCCCGGCCCCCCGCCCCCAACCCUUGCACCCACGUGCGUGUCUGUCAGGAGUGCCGGCGCAUCCAGGCGCUGCGGGCCUCCGGAGCCGGCGGGCCCCCGCGUGGCCUGGGCGCCCCCGCUGAAGCCACCAGCCCGCCCCGGUCCCGGCCCGGCCCCGCCGGCCCCCGUGAGCUGGCCGAGCACGAGUGAUCAUGGGCGGGGCCGGGCGGGCGCCCGGACUGACCGCAGGGACUGGGCUCGCCCCAGGCCCCGGCCGCCCUCGCUUCCCUGGUGGGCGAGGGACGGGACUUGUGCCCCCGCGCGCCGGACGCCGCGAUUUUGCCUUUGGUUCCCGGUGAAGUCUGAGGCUCGGCUCCGGAACCUGCCUGCGCCCCCUAGUGGACUCGCCAGAGGGUGCCGCGGACGCCCGCACUCCGUCCCCCACUGCGAACAAGAGGAGCGCAGGAACCGAGGACUCCAGGGGCCGAGGACUGCAGGGGCUGUUCCCGGAAGCGGAAAGCAGUUCGCGGGGAGAACCCCAUCCUGGGACUGCUCGGGCUCCCCAAGACUUAACGCAGCCCUCCCCACUUCUGGAGAAGUGGGAGGCCUCUGGGCAGAUGGGUGUCCCCUGGUGCCCCUCGACUCUUCUCUUUCUCUCUUUUUUUUGGGGAGAAACCUCGGAAUUUCUAUGAGACCCCCACAGGGAGGGGGUCAGUUGGGCCCCCAUCCCUCCCCCUGCCACACCCCAGUCCCCGUUGGAAUAAAAAAAGAA